CCCCCCAACAACAGCUACAACAAUAAAUUUAGUUUGAAUAUUUUGAAACUUUUUUAAUUUUCAAAAGUUGAUUAUUCGGAAUUUAAUUCAGAAAUCUAAUAAUGUGGACUGACCAAUCUCAAGCAGACAUUAUAACGAAUUCGGAUCAGUUUGCUAAAAUAUUAUAGGAUUCUUAGGUCGAUCGUUAGGAUGGACAAAAAGUGCAUACAAAUGAUCAUAAAUUGUUUACCGUUCACUAGUGCAACGCCGAGUAUAUGACUUGUACAUGCGCGUGCGGGAGCGAUCUGCUAUUUCUUUUACACACAGUCACACACGACACACGCUGAUCAUCACUUAUUACGUACACAUUUACAAGACCCGCGUAUAAGCAAUUUGAAAAUUGCCUAUUUCGAACUCCUUAAAAAACUGUCCAUCGCCGAUCCCUUUAACAAUGAUCACAGAAAAUUUAUUUCGUGGUAUCAUAGUACCAUCCCAAAAGAUGAUCAAAUAUCAUCAAAGAAGUCGUCCUACCGUCUCAUGUUUGUUGGUAAAAACUGUUUUGCGCGUUUCAACUUUUCUCUCGUCGUAUUUUUAAGAAAACUACCGACCUACGACCUACUGCACUAACCACACCGCAUAAAGUAGAUAUGUAUAUUUGAGUGGCGCUUUUUUUUCCACAUAAAUGCAAUUUAAGUCAUUUAUUUUUAAACGUUUGCUUUUUUGUUGUUUUUCUUUGAACGUCUUACCAUGGUGUAGUAUUAUUACUCUACAAUAGGUGACAUUCCAUGUAUUAUUUUAUUUAGUAAAAAAAUAAAUUACUAAUAAUAAUAUAAUAUAAUGACGAAGAAAAUAAUUUGCAUGAUUUUGAAUUGUCGAACGAGCGCCGUCGCCGGAAAACGCACGGCAGUUCGCUUUGAAUUUUUGCGAUCUUCGUCUGCUGUACAACGGUUUCUUAUGCUAGGUAACUUAGUAAAUUGUACAUUACUUAAAAACAAUGUAAAUAACUACCUUUUUGUGAUUCAAUUAUUGACACAAAUUAUUUUAUACAUUUGGCAAUAACUAUUACAUAUAACAUAAAUAUUUUACGUCUAUACUUAUUAAUCUGUUAUAUACAACAUAACAAAAUACCUACCUGAUAAAGUGGCAUUUGAAAAAACUUCUUUACUAUAGGUACAUAAUUUAUUAAAAUAUUUUUUAAAUUAUAUACUAUGUAUAGGAAAAGAUAAUGUAAAUAUUUAAUGACAAAAGUGUCUACGGUCAUUCGUUUUUAAAUUACAACAAAAUAUAAAAAUCGCUCUAUUAGAUUUCGAUAUUCGUUGAUUUUUUUUUAUUUUAAGGAGGAAUAAACUACUUUAUAGAAAUGUGAAAUAUCAAAUGUAAUGGCUAAGACCCCGUCCGCGUCCUCGGCUAAAGUUUAUUUUUUUUCAUCGUCGUCGACGACGAUCACUUGUGUUUGAAUCAGUUCUUCUAAGCCCGUCCCUGACAAACGAGGUUUUUUUUUAUUCAUUAUUUCGCUCUUUCCCGCUCCCACACUCGCCCUGUAAGAAACAAUUCAUCAUUUAUCUGUCUUUAUUUCUUUCAUGACUGUCAAUGAACAGAGAAAAAAAUUAAAAUCUGAAGGGCCGAAACGUUAACAUUGUCACCGUCGCACGACACAUUCUGGUUUCACUCAUUCUGUGUUGUGGUGGGGGGGCGUGGGGGAGUAGACCGACACUUUGCCAUACGCCGCCAUAAUCUGUGAUAAAUGAUAAUUAUGACGGACUGAAGCAGUUAAUCAAUGAUAGGUGCAUAGGCUUGAUUAAUCUAUUUGGGGGCUACCAAUAGCUUUUUUUCCCUAGUGGUACCUUUCGACGACGACGCCGCCGGAACUUCUUGCGAAUUCCAAGCGAGCUAUAGCCCCCUUAGGCCCCACCAUUCUACACCUAUGGAUAGGUGGAGGUAGAUAUCGGCGGCGGUGGUAGCGUCGUGACGUCACAGCGGAGAUACAACAACGUACAAUGUACUGUUGUCACUUACCAUUACGUCUACGAGUGGUACAAGUGUACAAGUGUACAAGUGACGUUCGGUACUAGUAACUCACAACCUAUGACGCUAACCUCAAAACACACCGUCUUUGUUGUAUUACUCUUGUGCGCGUUUCGUCAUUCUGUGUUUUUCGUCGGUCCUGCAUAUUUGCCUUCUGCACGCUUCGUCGGUAAACAUCAGAUUUUUAUUAACGCAGCAGUUUUUUUUUCUCUACCGUUUUACUGGUUCGCCACUUGACCUAGUCACACGGCAUUCCUAAAAUUUUUACGUUUCACUCGUUGUUCAACCCACAACGAACGACUGAAAACCUAGCGGCCACCCGCUUCUCACACGACUCAAGUAUUUAGCUUACGGUACGUCGAUCACCACUACGCUUCUGUCGUUGUUGAUGAUUUCCCCGUCUCAUCCGAUCAAUUGAUCGACACUCGUCUAGAACACCCCACCAACGGUACUCACUCAAACUGGUAAUCAACUUGUGAAUUGUCUAUAACACUUCCAGUUGAAAUACUUACCUGGCCCUGUGACAAUCAAGACUAUACAAUGAAUCGAUUCGAGCCGGAAAUUGUCAUUAUCAACAGUAUGGCCGACUUAAAUGAGCUCAUGGAUGUAACUGAAGAUACUGAUAGGUAUUAUUUUGGAAGAAACGAAGAAGAAAAUGAAAACCCUUUCCCAUUAGUGAAUGAUGAAACAGCCGAUUCAAAUAAUAUUUUAUCGGUUGACCACUCGAAUAUGGAUUUGAUGUUUUCAUCAAUAGUGGAUGAUAUAAAUAACAUUUAUAAAGACUAUCCAUCAAAUUUUGAAAGCCUUAUGGAAAUAGAUUAUGUGGAUUUUGAUAAUCUAGAUGAUAGUACUUCUCAAAAUCAACCGAGUACUUCAAUGGUAGUUAAUGGAGAACAAAAUUAUAAUAUUGAUGCAUUUACGAUUGUGGACUCUGAUGAUGAAAAUAAACAGGAAGUAAGAACAGAAAAUAUCAAUGAUGGUGAACAAGAUAUCAUAAAUUUGAUAAGUGACGAUGAAGAUGAGAAUAGUGUGCAAUUAAAUGGAGAACAAAAUGACCCAAUUGUAUUAAGUGAUACGGAAGAUGAUGAUACUAGUUUGGAGACCAGCCAGGCAGUGGAAACUAUCCAAUUAACAAGUGUCCAUGAAAUUCGAUCUCCAAAAAACAUAAAAAAGAUUCUCCCGAGGUUCAAAACUAAAGUUCAAGAAACCUUACAUUUUUUGUCCUCAAAAAGGGUAGACUUACUUGUACGUCAUACCGAUGGUUAUAAGUUGCUUACGUCUGAUCUUUUUAAAUUAAUUACUCCAAGAGCCUGGCUGACCGAUGGAGUCAUUAUGCAUUAUUUUUUGUUGUUGGUUCAACAUAGUAAGCGAGUAUUAUUGAUGGAUCCGGAUAUGUUAACCAGUUGUACUCGGAAAGGGUUUGUUCCAGAAAAAAUCAAUAAAACUGAUGAAUAUGACAAAAUUAUCAUUCCGAUCAACCCCAAUCGCAACCAUUGGGCUUUUGUGGUGUUGGAAAUUCGGCAAAGGAAGUUGAUAGUUAUAGAUAGCAUAGACCAUACGGGCAGUAAAGAAUUGGAUUUAGUAAAUGAAUUUGUAGAUCUAGCUUUUAAGGAGAUUUUCCCCACAGGCUUCGAAAAUGUAAAACUGUUCUCUCCUAAACAGUCAAAUACUGAUGACUGUGGUGUCUUUACAUGUACAAAUGCUCGAUAUUAUUUGUUCAAUAGGCACCCUGAUUAUACUCAGAAGGAUAUUCCCCUUUUACGGCAUCGUAUCGCUUGGGAAAUUAUUCAAAAUACCUUAAUACCCUUUUAAGUGGUCUUUAAAUUAUUAUUAAAUUUGAAUUGUUUAAACAUAAUUAUUAUUAUUAAUUUUGUAUGCGGCAAAAGAGGUACAAGCCAGGGUAAUAAUAGUUUUUCUUUUUAUCUUUGUAAAUAUAUACUCUUAUGGAUCUCAACUAAUGUCGAUCGAACUCAUUAUUAGUGAUUUUAUAUUAUAAUAAUAGAUUUUGACAGUGACUGUGUUCAUACUUAAAUCUGAACAGUCGGUGAAAGACAACAGUGCCAUUUUGUUUUUACAAUAUAUUCAACGGGUCUUAGUCUUACGACUGUCACUGGCGUAACAUAUGAGACUGAUCUAUAACUUUAAUAUACAGAUAUAAGUGCCUUUUGUAUUUUUUAGUCUUUAGAUACUUAUCAUCACGACCUAACUAAACAAUUAUUUAUAAUAUGUUUAGUGUGAACUAAAAGCCGUAAAACAAAAGUAUGACAUUCCAUAAUUGGUACCUAUAUAAUUGGUCAUAAUACAUUUAUUUAUUUAUAUGUAACUGUAAAAUUCUUAUUUAAUCAUAUAUUAGGUAUUGAUUGUAUUAGGGGUACCUAAUUACUUAUUGUGUUUUUUUUUUAUGUACAACAUUUUUUUGUUCAUACUGUAAGUUUGUUACCCAUCAAUAUUAUAU